UUAUUUCGUCCAUCGUUAAUACUAUUCAAAAAGCUGUUAUACAAAAUUUUUCCCGCAUAUUUUAGCGAAAGAAUUUUUUCAACAGCAAGAAGGAACAACAAAAAUAUCGGUAACAAAACAGCCUAAUCGACAACCUCAAUUAUCACCCUUAUCUUGUAAUAGUAAUGAUAAUUCGUUAAAUGAAUCAUUACAAGACGAACGUUAUAUUCGACGUGAUCUCAAUCGUUCUUCUGGUUCAAAUCAGAUAAAUAAUCAUGGCGACGAGUAUAUCAUUAACAAUACACAUAUUUUUGAUAAAGAAUUGAAACAAGAAAAUAAUCUAUUAGUAUUGAAUGCGAAGUAUGGCGACAAACUAAUUUUGAAAGACAGUGAUGAAAAUAAAAUAAAUUAUCAUCAACAAGAAAGUAGUAUAAGAUCAUUUCAAAGUGCUACUCAUACUCGCGAUAUACCAAUUGAAUUUAUUGAUGAUCGUCAUACGAAACUAUCUUCAACAGUAGCUAAUUUGGAUACUUAUCUGAAAAAUCGAUCUCCAAUACAAAAUAAACCAGUCGAUUCAUCGUUUACUCUAAUUCCAGUUAAUGUUGCAUCACCCACACCACUGCCAUUAUCCGAUACCGUAAAAACCAGUAUUGAUGCAGAUGUUGAAUAUGCCAUUAUAGCUCGAAAACAAAAAAUGAAUAGUAAUAAUAAUAGUAAUAGUUUGUUGUUUGAAUUAAAUCAUUAUGACUUUCCAAAAUCGGAUACAAGUUUAAAACGGAUAAGUGGCAGUGAUUUUCCGGCAUCAUUUCCGGCUGAUGCUAUUGAGAUGAAGCAUCAACGUGAAAUGGAAAAGCAAGAGGGAUUGACGGCAACUGCUGAUGAUCGACAUGAUUCAACAGUACACGAUAGUGAAGAACCACCAAAAUUACUGCCAUCAGAUAAGAUCAUAUCUUCAUUGUUACCAUCAAAUGUUUUCAAACGAAUGGAUCAUUUGAAUACAAUAUUUAUUAGACCAACAACUAUCAAUAAGGAUUUCUAUUCUAAUAACCGAAAUGAUAGUCCCAUUACAUAUGGAGAUAAAGAAAUACAAAAAACAGAACCAGUAAAAAUUGAACAAAACAAUAUCCGAGAAGAUAAUGAGGAUAUGCGUUUGAAUAUUUAUAAUAAAGCUAUUAGCGAGAGUGAAGAAGACGACGGUGAUAAUAAUCGAUGGAUUAAUAAUCCAAUGUUAAAUGAUGUUCAUUUUCAACAUGAUGAGUCAUCUUUGUCACCUGUUUAUUAUGAAAUAUCAGGAUUAUCUGAAAUACCAGAUGAUGAACAUUUAUAUCCAACUAUAUUUCCGAAAAAAGCAAAACGUGUAAAGUUUAGUGUAGCACCAAUUCGAGUGUAUCCAACUUAUUCAGCCAAUGAAUACGAUCGACGAAAUAAUGAGAUUGAUCCAUUUUCAGCAUCAGCUGAGUACGAACUCGAAAAACGAAUUGAAAAAAUGAAUGUCUUUAGUGUUGAUAUUGAAAAAGGACCCGACGGUUUGGGCAUUAGUGUUUUGGGCAUGGGCGUUGGCGCCGAUUCUGGUCUAGAAAAGUUGGGCAUAUUUGUUAAAUCUCUGAAUCCAAAUGGUGUCAUUGCGCUUGACGGAAGGAUUAAAGUUGGAGAUCAAAUAAUCGAAGUGGAUAAUCACAGUUUGGUUGGUGUCACACAUACAUUUGCAACCGGAAUUUUGAAAGCCACAGCAGGCACUGUCAGAUUUUUAAUUGGCCGAGAAAAAGAUCCGGAGAAUUCUGAAGUAUUGCGGUUGAUUCAUCAAUCAUUACAAAUGGAUCAUGAAAGAAAUGAAUUACAGCGAGUUUUACAUCAACACGAACACUACAAUCAUUCACCACUGGAUUAUGGUGUUGAUGACUUUCCAAAUACUGAACUGAAUGACGAUAUUGUACAGGAUGAAGAUUUGCCUCAUGAUGUCGUACCACCACCACCACCACCACAACAACAACAACAAAAAGAGUUCAGAAAACAGAGCGAAAUGACAGAUAAUCAGUCGGAUAUGGAAGCAAUACGAAAUAAAAAUAAAAAUUAUGAGCCAAUAUGGGACAUACCAAAUAAUAAACAAAAUGCGUCUUCCGAUCAUCAAUCUCCCUAUUUACUAACAAUAAUUGAAGAAUUAGAAAAGUUAAUGUUGUCUUCAGCAUCAACAAAUAUGAAUGGAUUUUCUUCAAUGAAAGAAAUUAGACAAGAUUCAUUGACAAAAAAAUUAUCAUAUAUUGCUGAUGAAAAACCAGAAGUACCGGAACGAAUUCCAUUAUUUGGCCGAUCUCGAACAUCCUCGGAUCAAAUACCUGAACGUCCUCCCAGUCGAACAACUGCAUCACCCGUUGAGAACAAAUCUGUACGCUCGAAUCCAUCACCAGUAACCUUGUCAUCAUUAGAUAAAAAUUCUCUUAAAAAUGACGAUAAUCAAUGGACUAUGCGUUCAAACUCUUAUAAUAAACAAAAUUCAAAAGCAUUAACAAACCUUGAUUUCGAAGUUGGCCGAAGUCCGUUGUUAAAUAACAGUAUUCAAAUGACAAAAAGUCAGAUAGCAAAAAAUCGUCCAAAAAAUCCGCCGUCAAAACGUUUAUCAAAUCAAAUGAAUAUAGAAAACAUUCAUGCCAAUGACGAAUAUGAGCAAGAAAUUCAAAAUGGACUUACUCAAAAUAAUAGCAAUUUAAAAUUCAAUGUUUUAUCAGCACUUGUUGCUGAACCACCGUCAACGAUUUCAAAUGCUUUGAAACAACAUUCAACUGAAUUAACAACAUCACUCACUAGCGGCAAAAAUAACGACAACAAUUCGAAUUAUACACAUGUUGCUAUUGAUAAACAAUCAUUAAACUUUGAUCAACCUGUCAAGGAUUGGACAUCAGAUCAAUGUAUUCAAUGGUUGUCAUCUGUUGAUAUGAAUACUUUUAUUCCAUUAUUUUUAAAUCGAAAUAUUGAUGGAGAAAAAUUACUCACAUUAGAUAGUACAAAAUUGAAGGCCAUUGGUAUCAAAUCAAGUAAAGAACGUGAUCUAUUAAAACAAAAAUUGAAAGAAUUAAAAUACAAUGAUAUAUUUAAACAACCAUCAGUAGCUUAUCCUGUUUCUCAUCAUUAUAAUCAAAAUCGAAUGCGAUCAUCAAGUUUAACAAAAUUAAAAGAGAGAAGACUUUUUGGUGCUAGUGGAGGGAAAUAA